CACUCACUGCCGGUGCGCCAGAGGACAUCUGCCAGGCGUGCCCCGCGGAAUGCAGGUGUGACGCAGCCUCGGAAGGCAGCGACUCGCCACCUGAAUCCAUUGAUUCACUGGGUGGCUCAUUGGAUUUCAUGGAGGAUGACUUUCCGGCUGAACCCUUGCCAGCAGACGAGGACAUCUGCCAGGCAUGCCCCGCGGAAUGCAGGUGCAAUGCGACCUCGGAACUCGACGACUCUCUUCUUGAGCCCGUUGAUACGACGGAUGAUGACCUUCCACCUGCACCCUCACCAACAGAUCCCGAUGUGUGUGGCAACAGCACUCGCAACCCCUGCAAGUCAGGCUCCUGCAUCAGUGGUGGCCCCGGCUCCUACUCCUGUGUCUGCCCGCCCUUGCAUGUCCCAGACACCAGAACCAACGGAUACCCCACCUGUGAAUACGAAACUUCGGGACUUGCUUCAACACUGGAGGUGCAAGGAGACAACUGGAGGUGUGAGGACGUCUAUCCUCUUUAUGGACUCACUCUAGACGAGUUCACUGCACAGAACAAUGGCGUGGACUGCACUGCUGCCCUCACCCGGGGUCAAAUACUCAACGUGACUGAGAGGGACGACCUUGCCUCCUGCUCUGUCUUCUAUUACAUUCAACCGGGCGACACAUGCGAGUCAGUGGCAGCCUCUUUUGGCCUUUCCUCCUCCCUGUCGCUCCUCAACCCCGGCCUCGACUGCUCCUCACCGCUCCCCCCGUCCCGCUCCCUCUGCAUCGAGCGGGACGAUCGGAAGGUGGGGAUCGGGGAGGAAUGCUUUUUAGACGCUUCAACCGUUGUCAGCGGCACGAGCAGCUGCACUCAGGUGGUGGAGGGCCAUCAGCUGGGUUCCCUGCUGGAGCUCUACCGCCUGAACCCAGGGCUCGUGUGCUACACCUCACUGCACGCUGAUCAGGAGGCUGGCUGGCCGAAGAUAUGUCUCAAGCCCACUGUAGCUCUUCCCUAUGGUGGCUGCGGCGAGGGACGGGCAAGGACGUUCAAAGCGUCGGCGUCGUGCAGCAGCAUCAUCAACAGGGCAUUCGGAAGAAGCACGGAGCUGUUUGAGAAGUAUAAUAGCCCGUGCGCGGGGACCAUUGGGGGCAGCUCUGGUGGACCUGUUGAAAUCUGUCUGCCCCCGUGA